AUGAAGAAUCAAGAUAUCGUCGGCGAGGCUCUGGCCUCUGUUCUUCCUCAAUAUGAUCGCCCUUGGUUUCAUGUUCCGCAUCUCGUGCAGCUCAAUCUAAUUCUGCUGGUUCCUCUCCUCUCGUCGGCCGUCGCUGGGUAUGACGGCUCUCUGAUGAACGGUCUGCAGUCCAUUGCCGAAUGGAAAGACUACUUCGGCAACCCGUCUGGCUCGAUUCUCGGCAUCGUUAACGCUGCUCAGUCGAUUGGCAGUGUGAUCUCACUUCCUUUCGUUGGCAUUCUUUCUGAUCGGAUAGGACGACGCUGGACCUUGUUGUCGGGUGCUAUCGUGAUCAUAAUUGCUUCGAUCAUUCAGGCAGCUUCAGUCCAAUAUGGAAUGUUUGUCUUUUCUCGCGUGCUAGUGGGUGUUGGUUCUAUGCUGGUCGUGCAGCCUUCGCCCAUGUUGAUAACCGAGCUUGCGUACCCGACGCAUCGAGGCAAAUACACCAGUGCUUUCUGGACUAUGUACUACCUCGGUGCCAUACUUGCUUCGUGGACAUCAUACGGUACACAAAAGCACCUGCGCCAGUCGGACUGGAGCUGGCGAGUCCCUUCCAUUAUCCAAGCGGGGUUUCCUGUUGUGCAGAUCGUAUUUUGGUACUUUGUGCCGGAGUCUCCUCGAUGGCUGGUUGCAAAUGGACGAAAAGGGGAAGCCGAAGAACUGCUUGCCCGAUUCCAUACUGCUGGAGAUGCCUCGCACCCCUUGAUCCAGUUUGAGAUGGCCGAGAUUUCUCACACAAUUGAGAUGGAGAGCCGAGCAGCCGAGACAAAAUGGACGACUCUUGUGAAGACCCCUGGAAACCGCAAGCGGACCUUUAUUGCGGUUUGUGUGGGCGCUUUUGCUCAGUGGAACGGCGUUGCGGUCGUAUCGUACUACCUCACUCUCGUUCUCGACACCGUCGGUAUAAAGGACUCGGACACACAGACUCUAAUUAACGGGCUGCUUCAAAUUUUCAACUUUAUUGCUGCCGGCAGUGCCGCUCUUCUGGUCGAUCGAUUGGGGCGACGACCGCUGUUCCUAUGGUCGGCCGCUGGCAUGCUCGUCUCCUUCGUCAUCUGGACUGCCUGCUCGGCCGUCUUUGACAGCACACAAGCCAAUGCCCUCGGAAGAACGGUAAUUGCUUUUGUUUUUAUUUUCUACUUCCACUACGACAUCGCCUAUACGCCCCUGUUGUUAGGCUACCCAACCGAGAUCUUCCCAUACUCUAUCCGAAGCAAGGGUUUGACUGUGGAGCUUCUCAGUGUUUACAGCUCUCUGAUUGUGCUCGCUUUUGUGAACCCGAUUGCUCUGGGCAAUAUUGGGUGGCAUUACUAUAUUUUUUUCUGCUGCUUCGAUGUCCUGGUGCUGGUGAUCACCUGGUUUGCCUUCCCCGAAACCAAAGGCCAUUCCCUAGAAGAGAUCGCCCAAGUAUUUGAUGGUCCAUCUGCAGUGACGAGCGGAGAAGUUUUUGAUAAAGUCGCUGAAUUGGGUGGCAAAGGCGAGCAUGCAGAGCAUGCAGAGGAUGUCGCUUAA